AUGGCUGACUCCAGCAGCAGCAGCAGCAACGCCUUCCUCGCGCUCCCCAGCAGCAUCCGCGUCGUCUCCCUCAACUGCUGGGGCCUCAAAUUCAUCUCCAAGUACCGCCACGAACGCCUCACCGAGAUUGGACGGCAGCUGGCGACAGCCUCACCCACACCCGAAAUCGUCGGCCUGCAAGAGUGCUGGACGCAACAGGAUUACAAUGCCAUUCGAGACCUCACCAGACACAUUCUCCCCCACGGGAAAUUCUACUGGAGUGGCAUCUUUGGCGGCGGGCUCGCCAUUCUGUCCAAAUGGCCCAUUGAGGAAAGCAGCAUGUACCGCUACCCAUUAAACGGACGCCCCGCGGCAUUCUUUCGAGGCGACUGGUAUGUGGGAAAAGGUGUUGCGUCGGCGAGGAUCCGACUCGGCUCGGGCCUCAAAGAUGUCGUGGAGGUGUUUUGUACGCAUUUGCACGCACCGUAUGAACGAGAGCCCAACGAUAGCUAUAUUUGUCAUCGGACGGCGCAGGCGUGGGAGAUUGCCAAGUUGAUGCGCCAUGCAGCGGAGCGAGGACACAUGGUGAUUGGGUUGGGAGAUUUCAAUAUGGUGCCCAUGAGUUUGGCUCAUCAAUUGAUUGAGGCGCAUAGUCCGGUGAAAGAUGUGUGGAGGAUUGUGAAGCCCGACUCGGCACUGGGUAGUGCAGAGAACGAGGCCGAGAAGGCGAGAGGGAGAGCUGUGCCCAGCGCAAUGGAGUGUUUGGACGAGCAUGGCACGACCUGUGAUUCGAAAUUCAAUACGUGGAGAUGGAGCGAGCAGCUUCGGAAGGACCUGCAUCAAGGAAAGCCCGUACCCGAUGUCGAUCACGACGCACCGGAUCCCAAGGCCAAACGACUAGAUUAUGUCUUCUUCUCCGACAACGCCUCACAUACCGGCCAGGAGUGGAGAAUCGAGGAGCUUCAAGUGGGCAUGAGAAUGCGCCAUCCGACGUUGAAAUGCUCGCUGAGUGACCACUUUUCCAUUGAGACCACACUGGUUCGCCAGCGUUCCCAACAAACUCUCGGUACCAAUAAUAAUAACAACAACAACAACAAGAUGGUCCGACAUCUGCCUCACGACACAUACGAACUGAUCCAAGCCAUGAUCGCCCAAUACGAUGUUCGCGAACGCAAGCAGCGAAAGUGGCGCAUCGCACAUUUCUUCGCCUCCUUCACCAUCUCCAUCGGAUGCCUCAUCGCCGUCUGGUGGUCUCCGCGAAACUUUGUCGCCUUCCUCCUCAUGCUCCUCAGCAGUCUCGGACUAUCCGCCGGAGUCGUCGAUGGCCUCAUGGGGUUCCUCUUUGUGGGCAGCGAACUUCGCGCGUUGCGGGAAUUCAAAUAUGAAAUUGACACGGCAGCGGACCAGGCUCGACGGAAACGACAAUUGCACUCUACGACGACGAAUGGCGGUGCCAGAGGAGGAGGAACAAGUGAUAUAGAAGGGGAAGAAGAGGGGGAAGAAGAAGAAGAACAUAAUGACAAAUUAUUGAAUUCGGAAAUCGCCAGUCGAGAUGACAUUGAAGCUGAAUCAGGCAUGGAUCGAAUGAGAUGA